AGUUUAUGUCGCCAACUGGGAAUUAGGCCACAUAUUCAUGGACUAGAUAGCUUAGUCUACAACUACAUUAUAGUCUUGUGUAACAUGCCUAUAUAUAAAUCAUACUUGCCAGUCCAUAUUUGCAACUAAGCAACUGCAUUCAUAUUGAAUCAGAUACAAUGAAGCGUUGGUGGAGUAUGAUUGUGGCAGUGGUGGCGCUGGUGCUGGUGGUGGAAUCCGUUAUGGCUCAGCAAAAAAACGAUACUAUCCUGAAUUCAGGGUGCAGUCAAUAUAAUGCAUCCAGCACACUCGAAUUUUUCAGGAAUCUGAACACAACAUUGGCCGACCUCAGACGAGAAAUAACAGUAAACAGAACCUACUUUGGCACACAACAGCAGGCCAGGACGACGAAUCCAGUCUACACUAUGUUUCAGUGCAGAAAGUAUCUUUCCACUGCAGAAUGUGUCUCGUGCUUCGAUAGGGCCGCUCUUGACAUCCGCAGUAUCUGCAAAUUGGCUAAUGGUGCUCGUGUUAUUUAUGAUGACUGCUUUCUCAGGUACGAGAGUAAUGGCUUUUACACGACAGCUACUGCUUUAGGCAAUACAGGAAGAUGUAACAAUGAUACUGUAGCGAAUAGCACAUCAGCAAAUUUUAACACAGCAGCCGGAGAUGUACUAAACAAUCUAUUACUCGCGACUCCAAAGAUAAAAGGUUACUAUGCUGCAACGACAGAGCAAGUUGUGGGAAGUAACACAACCGUAUAUGCUGUGGCACAAUGUGCUGAAACUGUAACUGAGACGGAAUGUCAGAAUUGCAUGAAUGUUGCUUAUGAAAACAUCAAGAGUUGUCCUCCUCGGUCUGGGGCAAGAGCUAUCGAUGCUGGUUGCUUUAUGAGAUAUGAUGACUCCGCUUUCUUUGCAAGUAAUGAGACAACAAAUAUUAAGAAGUACUUGAAAGAUGGAGGAUCAAGCGAUAAGAAGGCAAUCAUUGGGGGUAUUGCUGGCGGUGUAGGCCUUCUGUUGAUCCUACUUGCUUUGCUUUUAUGGUACCGUUUAUCAGGAAAGAAGAAGGUAGCUCAAAGAGGUCAUAUACUGGGAUCAACUGAGCUGCAGGGACCAGUGACUUACAACUACAAGGAACUAAAAUCGGCAACUAAGAAUUUUAAUGAAGAAUAUAAACUAGGAGAAGGAGGUUCCGGAGAUGUAUACAAGGGAAUCGUAAAGAAUGGAAAUAUAGUUGCAGUCAAGAGGCUAGCUCUAAGUACUACAAAAGCAAAGGCAUCAUUUGAGAGCGAAGUUAGGCUUAUCAGUAAUGUCCAUCAUCGAAACCUCAUCCGUCUGCUAGGAUGCAGCAGCAAAGGACCAGAUCUACUUCUUGUCUACGAAUACAUGGAAAAUGGCAGUCUUGAUAGAUUCUUAUAUGGUGGAAAACGGGGCACUCUCAAUUGGAAACAAAGAUUUGACAUAAUCUUCGGGACAGCCAGGGGCCUUGCCUAUCUACAUGAACAGUUUCACGUUCGUAUCAUACAUCGAGAUAUCAAGCCCGGAAACAUUCUACUUGAUGAUGAACUACAACCUAAGAUUGCUGAUUUCGGGUUAGCAAGGCUUUUACCUGAGGAUCAGAGUCAUCUUAACACAAAAUUUGCUGGGACUCUAGGUUAUACAGCACCAGAGUAUGCACUUCAAGGACAAUUAUCCGAGAAAGUAGAUACCUACAGUUUUGGUGUUGUGGUCCUUGAAAUUGUCAGUGGCCGACGCUGCAGUGACACAAAUAUUGAGUCUGACACUGAUUUCCUCCUUGAAUACGCCUGGAAGCUACACGAAAAGGAUAUGCAUUUGAAGUUGGUCGAUGAGACACUAGACCCGAAUGACUACACAACAGAAGAUGCCAAGAAGAUCAUAGAGAUUGCUCUAAUGUGCACACAGUCACCAGCUUCUUUGAGGCCAACAAUGUCUGAAGUCGUUGUUCUGCUAUUAAGUGAUGAUCGAUCACUCGAGCAAAGACCGCUUAGCAAGCCUACUUUUGUCCAUUCAGAAAACAGAAUCCGUGAGGAUACACAUAGUACUCCUCCCCAAUCAGUGUCCAAUGCUACUGCUACUUUGUCCGAUUUUGUAGGCCGUUAGCUACGAGGUUGGUGUCAAAAGAUUUGGCCUAAAUCCCUGUGGCAUGUUUUCUGUUACUAAGUUUUAAGUUACUGUGUUAAUAAAGAAGCAUAUAGCCCAAGUAAAUAGAGAUUCUAUCAUCAAGUGAAGACAAUAAAGCUCCAGUAAUCAGACUCUAUGUAAGACGCGUCGUGUUCGGGAGUUUUUCAGCACAUGAUACCAUAAAACAAGCUGCAGUGAUGAGUCCACAUUCUCCCACCAAAAUGGCCGGAAGAUAAUAGUAUGAAGAUUGAACAGAUAAAGAGUGUAAUUCCUUUUUCUUUUUUGUUUUCAGUACAAGUACUCAAGUUUUUUGUUUUCGUAUCUGCUCUAUUUGAAUUGUAAACAUAAUAUAUUUUUGUUUUGUAAUUUUA